UUUUUAGUGUUUUUUUGUUUUUCGAAUUGUAUCUAACGGAAGUUAAUUGUAUUUUAAACAUAUCCAUACCUUUUCGUAUGGAUAGCAUGUGGGUUUAAGAUUAACUAAAGGAUGUGUCUACAGCAAAAAAAAUUCGAUAAUUUCAAAGAAGUGAAAUCCAAAAAAUCAAAUUCAUAUUUAUAUUUAAAGAAAGUAAUUGGACUUUUUCACAGCAAAUCAAUUGAAGUGCGAAUGUCAACAAAAGAAAAAAUAAAAAAAAUAAUAGUGAAGUGUAUUAGAGUCAUUAAAGCAUAAGCACAUAACACCUCAAGUCCCAGUGAUAUCAGCAUUUUCAAAAGACUACUCAAAACCAACAAUUAUUUGAAAAAGAUUUAAUGAAUUGCUCRAUAAAGAAAUUGCAAUGAAAUUUUUAGCCAAGAAUCACAAAUUGAAUUUGUCAGCGAAGUUCGUUAGUUUGCUCGGUCUAUUAUUUUUACUCAUUUGCAUGGCAUCCAGUGACGGGGAUGUUCAAUCCUUUCCUGCGCGAAAAAAACCAAAUGUUCAACAAUUUCCCGCUCCAAAACCGCCGCUAGAAGAAAAAACAACACUAGCAACGGUGGCUUCUACGAGUACAGAGGUUCCAGAAAUUCCGGAUGUUGAACCCAAGGCAAUACCGACAAAACCGCCGACAGAAGAAGCAACAACACCACCAGCGGUGGCUUCUACGAGUACAGAGGUUCCAGAAAUUCCGGAUGUUGAACCCAUCUCUAAACCGUCGCCAGAGGAAAAAGCUACACCAGCACCGGUGACUUCUACGGAUACAGAGGUUCCAGAUUCUAAAGAUAAAAAGGCAACAGGAUUUCGGAUUGUUCACCCAACGGAAAAAUCCAUUCUAGAUCAAAUAGAACCCAUAAUUACGCCUACAGAGCCAACGUCGAAURUACCUCCUGUGUCCAAACGUACAAUAUCAGAUCAAAAUGAACGAAAUGAGAAUGAAAGUCAUAAUGAUUUGAUUUGCAAAGAUGGUCUCAUCUUACGAGCUUGGCGUCCCUUGACGGGCAUAUCACCGGUAGAACGUAUACUUCGAGGCAUAAUUUACUUUCUUGCAAUGGUUUAUUUAUUUAUUGGUGUGGCCAUUGUAUCGGAUCGAUUUAUGGAGGGUAUUGAGGUGAUCACAUCCAGUGAGAGACAUGUAAACGUACUCAAUAAAAAUGGCCAGAGAGAAACCAUAACGGUACAUAUGUGGAAUGAGACUGUAGCUAAUUUGACACUAAUGGCUUUAGGAUCGAGUGCACCAGAAAUUUUACUUUCCAUUAUCGAAAUGUUUCAGAAGAACUUUGAAGCUGGCGACUUAGGUCCAGGUACAAUCGUCGGCUCGGCAGCAUACAACUUAUUUGUCAUUAUUGGCAUUUGUAUAGUUGUCAUACCGAAAGGUCAAGUGCGCAGAAUACAACACUUUCGUGUAUUUGUGGUGACAGCUCUUUGGUCGGUAUUUGCGUAUGUGUGGAUGUGCAUGAUAACAAAGUAUAUAACACCGAACGUUAUCGAUAUAUGGGAGGCUUUGGUAACAUUGAUAUCCUUUCCGAUUUUCGUUUAUCAUUCCUACAUCACGGAACGACGUCUCUUCUGUCCGAGAUGUUACAAAGAUGAUGCAUAUCGACCAGGCGUUGCCAUGAGCUCCAUAGAAUCGCCGGAUCGUGUGGCGGAGCCAAUACGUUCGAGUAUUAAAGAUUUAAUUGAAACACCAGAAAUGCGUGAUUUCGAGGAACAACGACGUGAAUACAUCACCAAACUGAAGGAAUUAUAUCGCAGACAUCCGCAAUAUGAUUUGGAAAAGAUACAAGCAAUGGCACAAGAGCAUCUAAUACGGGAGAGCUCGAAGUCGAGAGCUUUCUAUCGCGUACAUUCAACACGUCGCCUCAUGGGCGCCGGUGGUGUGUUGAGAAAAGCACGUGAUUAUGCAGCUGUGGAAAUUGAUCAGGCUAAGGCCGUAUAUCGCAUGCAAGUAGAAGAGGAGGAACCAGAGAUUGAUGAUGAUAUUGAGACACGUUUGUAUUUCGAACCCGGCCAUUAUACGGUCUUGGAAAGUGUUGGCGAUGUGGAGCUGCAUGUGAUUCGUGCUGGUAGUUUAGCGAAUUUCACCAAAGUCGAAUACUACACUGAAGAUGGCACAGCCGAAGCUGGUUCAGAUUACAUACCCGUAAGUGGUGUACUCGAAUUUUCACCGGGUAUUGAAGAGCAAAUUAUCAAAAUCACUAUUGUUGAUGACGAUGUUUUCGAAGAAGACGAACAUUUUUAUGUGCAUCUCAAGAAACCCAGCGAUGAUGCUGUAAUCAUCACGCCCAAAGUAGCGACCGUCAUGAUUUUAGACGAUGAUCAUUGUGGCAUUUUCGAAUUCAAAGAGAAAGAACACAUCAUACCCGAAAAUGUGGGCAUCUACGAAGUGAAAGUGAAACGUUAUUCGGGCGUACGCUGCAAAAUCAUUGUACCUUAUUACACCAAAGCGAAAACGGCCACAUCGGGCAAGGAAUAUAUGGAUGUGAAAGGUGAACUGAUAUUCGAUAAUGGUGUGUAUGAGCUUUCUAUAGAAAUUGAAAUCAUCGAAGAGCAUAGCUUUGAAAAGAAUGUAACCUUCGAGGUGCAUCUUGGUCAACCAAGAGUAUCGGAAGACGAUCCUUUYUUACUACGAAUACGCGAAGUUCAACAAAAGCCUGACGAAGAAAGAACUUUUCGCGAUAAUAUUCUUUUGGCUGGCCUACCGAAAUUGGCAGAAACAACAAAAAUACUGUGUCACAUUGUAGAAAAUGAAGAAUUUAAACAAAUAGUUAACAGGCURGUUCAAACAGCGAAUGCCUCAAAGCUGAUUGGUACCACCUCGUGGAAGGAGCAAUUUUUUGACGCCAUGACAGUUUCAGGUGGGGGAGGACUUGACGUGGAUGAUGCUGAUGAUGAUAUUGAAUAUGAGGAAGAUGAGGACGACGCCGAUACUGGWCCCAGCGGUUGCGAAUAUUUUAUGCAUUUUUUGACGAUUUUUUGGAAAAUCUGCUUUUCUAUAAUACCACCAGCAAAAAUCUGUAAUGGAUAUCCAUGUUUCUUAAUCUCGAUGAUCCUGGUAGCAAUUUGUACUGCCGUUCUCACGGAUGUUUCAUCGCACUUCGGUUGUACAUUGGGCGUACUAGACUCGGUUACAGCGAUUUGUUUAGUAGCAUUAGGCACCAGUUUACCAGAUACAUUCGCCAGCAAAGUGGCCGCCAUACAUGACAAAACCGCCGACAAUGCUAUUGGCAAUGUCACGGGCAGUAAUGCGGUGAAUGUGUUUCUUGGUAUCGGUAUAGCAUGGUCUAUGGCAGCCAUAUAUCACGCCAUGCACGGAACUAUAUUUUAUGUGCCUGUAGGAUCUUUGCUCUUUUCAACGGUGCUCUAUCUGGCCGAAGCGGUUAUCGGGUUCGCGAUAAUAGUUUAUCGUCGCAAGGCAUCCAUAGGCGGAGAGCUUGGCGGUCCUGUGGGAGUUAAGUGGUUGCAURGCAUUAUAUUAUUUGCACUUUGGUUUAUUUAUCUAACGGUUAGCACAUUGGAGGCAUACGGCAUUAUAUCAGGUUUCUAAAAGGAUCGCAUAAAAUUCCAAUAUACAUACAGACAUACUACCAAUAUUAUAUA